AUGAAUCCCAAGCGACCGUUAUCGGCGGAUGAAACCCACCCUAAUGGAGCUAAGCAGCCGAAACUCGAACAUCCAGAAGAGUUUUCGAAUACUGUCAAAAAGAGAUUAGCCUCAUCGACACGUACGGGACAAGCAUGCGAUCGUUGCAAGGUCCGCAAGAUUAGAUGCGAUGGGCUACCGGGCGGCUGCUCGCCGUGUCUGCAAAACAAUACAGAGUGCUUCACCACCGAUCGUAUUACCGGCCGCGCCACAUCACGCGGAUAUACGGAAGAAUUAGAGCAGCAGGUCCGUGAUCUGCAGCAUCGGAAUCGAGAACUGGAACAACGUUUACGGGCCCUCGAUGUGCCAAAGAUCACCACCAACCUUCACCAUAGUACCAUUAGUCAAAAUGAAUCGCCAAAGCUGCAACAAGAGCUAGCCACAUCCCAGCUGCCGCAAUCAGUAUUCAAGGGUUGCGGAGCUACCAGCGUAGGAGCGUGUAUGGGAAUCUCCUCGCACAGAUCAACCUUGGGGCCUCUAAGAGGCACGUCACUUAGCCUCUUGGGCAUAGAAAUUGAUGUAGCCGAUUUCUCUUCGGAAGAUAUAGAUGAGCCCACAAACGAGGAAGUUUUAUCUCAGCGUCGUUACAAUAAAUCUUAUCAGUCCUUUUUACAAUCCAUCUUCAAUGUCAAUGGGGGAGGAAAAAAGGUCGAAUUACCCGCCAAGCCCGAAGCACUAAGCUACCUCGAGCGUUACUUCAGAAACUUGAACCCUUAUGUUCCCUUGCUUCACCAACCUAGUGUUACUCGUGUUUUUCAUCAAAUAUACGAUGAUCCAUCAUUCCAACCAUCUACCGCGGAGACUGUUCUUGUGCACAUGAUUCUCUCCAUAAUGCUGUUCCAGCAAGCAGUCCAAAAUUCUGAGGACCUAGGCCUAGCAUCACAGUUGAACGAGCGAUCCAACUUACAUUAUCACUAUAGUUUAUCCACGUUCUAUAAUCUCUCAUUAAACCAUAGCUUCCAAGAUUGCCAGGCCCUCGCAUUAAUAUGCUCUCACAUGAGGAACUUCCCCAAGCCGGGGGCCUGCUGGAUAAUGGUGGACCGAGCGAUGGCAAUGGCAUUAGAGUUGGGUCUACACCGAUCUUCCAAGAAUUGGGUGGAUCUAGAAACGCCACCGAAUCUACUCGAGACUGAAAUGCGCAAAAGAGUCUUCUGGGUCCUGCUUCAUUUUCAUGUCAACCUUAGCGGUAAGUUGGGCCAACCGAUGCGCAUACGUACGGAGGACUUUGACUGUGAACUACCAAAAUAUUUAAGCGAUGAGUCGCUCGAAGAGGGAUGCGAUACCCCGAGUCAGGAUUUCCCACAUGCAAUUGGACUAGAAGCCAUUAAAUUAGUCCCUCUUUUCAUAGAUCUCUACAGCGUCAUUUACGCCGUACACAAAAAACAAGGGAGUUAUGAAUCGGUGGUUAAUGACCUAGAGGCUCGACUCCGCGCAUGGAAAGAAGCUCUCCCAGUUAAGCUUACCAAAGCACAAGAAGACCAGGGAUUUGGAUUGUAUACCCAGAUGUUUCAGCUAGAAUUUCGAUUGGUACUGCGAUAUCCCUCCAUUUGGAUACCUGGCACGGACGAGGCCUUCAAUGCCGAAAGUAUGCGCAUAUGUGUUGAAUCAUCCCGUCAGAUGCUGGGCGUAAUUCGAAAAAUCCAAAAGAUCAAGUCUCUUGAUUCGACUUGGUGUAACGCUGCAGUCUUUACUCAAGCUAUCACAACUACUCUUAUAGCACAAUGGAAAAAAAGAGAAGAGUCUACUUCAGCCGACCUGGCUGCAUUGAAGGAAGAGAUAGACUUGUGGCUGAACAUCAUGAGUGAGGUUGGAAAAUUCUUAGGCGAUAUAUUAGGUCUAAUCAGCAGAGGGCUUGUACAAAAGGCAACAAUGACAUCUAAUAAGGCCCGAAAAAGCCUCGAGAAUCCACCAUCUCCCCGAUAUCGUCGAGGAUCGACAACUACUCACGUAAGUGCUGCACCUCGCCAAACCUUCGACUGCAGUAACAUGGCUCUUAAUGAGAAGCCACGAUCUCCCAUCAUCACCACUGAGAACCACGCCUCGCACGUAGCAAAAUCAUACCCGACCCCAUCGCCGUACGUUGGAUGCUCAGAGAACGUGUCUUCAUCUAGUCUUACAUACUCAUCGCCACACAAUUCUCACAGCUAUUCAACCUACAACUCAAUGCAAACCGCGCCGGAUAUACCCUUACGAUCUGCCCUCACGACGCCGUCAUCUCAGACGCUCUCGCAUCAUAACACCACCGAAUGGCAUGGCCCAACAGCACAGAAUUUUAAUUCACAGGUGUGGACCCAAUGGACCAAUCCAAUAUUAGAAAAUGUAGAAUCGCGAGAUUCUUUCAGUGCCAAUGAACUGACACAGCUAGGCGGGGCAGAGCUCGGUAGUAGUGGUAAUUCCCCAAUAGAUACUGCAAUAGCCGGUAUAAACACUUCGAGUCGAAGGAACUUGAACGUAGACCAUGGAUCCUUAGGGCUGAGUAAUAUAGAUCCUGGUGGGUCAAGCGGACUUGAUGCAAAUGAUUGGCCCAUAAAUUUUUUCAUGAAAUGA